AUGGCAGUCUUCAGUAAGAUGUCAGGACGUCGUACAGCGGUGCCGGUGGUGCUGGGUGCUGCCGCACUGGCAGCAACCAGCUUUGUUGUUCCAGGAACUCCUGUCCAGCAAAUCUCUGCCCGAACUCCUGUGGCUGCUCAGGUCAAGCAGGAUGCAGUGAGCUCUCUACCAGGCCUUACAGCAGGCAUGACCAUGGGAAUGACAGCUGCAGCAGCUGCAGCAAACCGCAGGAAGCCAGCGAGGAGUCAAAGGUCAGUGGCAAAGGCCAAGAAGGAGCUGUCGGAAUCCGGCCUGUUGCACUUGGUCGCAUCCGUUCAGGAUGUCUUGUCGAAACCUCACGAGGGAGAUCGCAUGAGGAAUCUGAAGGCUCUGGCGGCUGAGCUGAAGCACAAUCAGCAGAAGAGUACCAGCCCAAUGGAGGGCCCCUUGCGAUGGGUGACCAAUAUGGCAGCAUCCCUUCUGUUGACCCAGGGCAUGGCCUUACAGCCUGCGCAUGCGGGAGAUGUGAUCAACUACUCUGAUUUCAUUGAUUCAGUGAACAAGGGCGAUGUUGAGAUGGUGCGUGUUCAGCCCGACAUGCUCUCUGCCCAGUACAUCACUAAGGAAGGUGCCCGGCGGGAAGUGAACCUCAUUCCAAACGCACAGAUUGAAGAUCAGCUCUUUAACCAGCUUGCUGACAAGAAGGUGGAUGUGGUGAUGUCGACCGGUGAGGCCGGAUCUCCCUUGGACUUCCUGGCACGCUUCGCUGGUCCAUUGGCAUGGUUGGUCGCUGGCCUCUUGCUACUCUUUGGUGGUGUCGGUGGACCUGCCGGACCGGGUGGCCCAGGUGGUAAUCCCUUUGAGCUGGGUAAGUCCAAAGCCCGGAUCAUCAAAGACGGCGACACCAAGGUGAAGUUUGGUGAUGUGGCGGGGUGCGACGGCGCCAAGACCGAGCUAGUGGAGGUAGUCGACUUCCUGAAGAACGCCUCCAGGUACUCGGAGCUCGGCGCCCAAAUCCCGAAGGGUGCCUUGCUGGUGGGCCCACCCGGCACCGGAAAGACCUUGCUGGCGAAGGCUGUGGCAGGCGAAGCCGGUGUGCCCUUCUUCAGCAUCUCCGCAUCGGAGUUCGUGGAGGUGUUUGCUGGAGUGGGUGCCUCACGUGUCCGAGAUCUCUUCGAACAAGCGAAGAAGUCUGCACCAUGCAUCAUUUUCAUCGACGAGAUUGAUGCCGUGGGACGGCAGCGAAGUGCAGGCUUUCCCGAGGCUUCGGACAGGGCAACGACGAACGUGAGCAGACCGUGA